AUGCCGCGGCCGCCAGUGCCGACGAGGGACGUCGGCUCUACAUUGGGAAUCUCGCGUAUGCGACCACUGAGGGGGAGCUCAAGGAGUUUUUCAAGAACUACAAGAUGUAAGUCACCUGGCUGCCCAACCCACUCUCCCCUUUUUUGGUGUCCUUUGUGGCGUCGGCGCCUGUGGAAAGGGGCCACCGUUGAAAGCGUCUCCAUCCCUGUGAACCCUCGUACCAACCGUCCGGUUGGCUACGCCUUCGUGGACCUUGCUACCGCCCACGAGGCCACCGCCGCUAUCGAAGAGCUCUCUGGAAAGGAGAUCCUUCAGCGCAAGGUCUCGGUUCAGCUUGCUCGUAAGCCCGAGCCGGCUGAGGCUAAGGAGGGUGCCGCCAGCGGCGGCGAGGGUGCUAGCGGUAACGAGGGCCGCAAGCGGGCCGGUGGCCGGGGUCGUGCUCGCGGCCGUGGCCGCGGCCGUGGAGGUCGCUUGGGUCGUGGUGGCCGUUCCACCCAAUCUCAGAAUGGCCAGGCCGCUGAGGGUGCCGAGGCUUCCGGUGAGGCCGCUCCUCUGGCUGAGGUCAACCAAAAUGAGGCCGCUACCGCUGAGGCUGGCAAGCAGGGUGGUAAGCCCCGUGCUCCCCGUCCUCAGAAGCAGCGUGGUCCCCCUGAAGAUGGUAUUCCUUCCAAGACCAAGGUCAUGGUGGCCAACCUUCCCUAUGAUCUGAGCGAGGAUAAGCUCAAGGAGAUCUUCGCCGACUACCAGCCCGUCUCCGCCAAGAUCGCUCUGCGUCCCAUCCCUCGCUUCAUGAUCAAGAAGCUCCAGGCCCGCAACGAACGCCGCAAGGGCCGUGGCUUCGGAUUCGUCACCCUGGGCUCUGAGGAGCUUCAGGAGAAGGCCGUCAAGGAGAUGAACGGCAAGGAGAUUGAGGGCCGUGAGAUUGCUGUCAAGGUCGCUAUCGACAGCCCCGGCAAGGAGGACGAUGCCGUUCCCUCCGAGGAGAAGCCCGCGGAGUCUACCGAGACUCCUGCCGCCGGCCAGGAGAACGCUGCUCCCACCGCGGCCUAA